UGUCUAGCAGUUUGAACAAGAAGCGGGUCCAGUGGACUCUCAUUCAUGCGCUAUCAAUCGUGGAAAUGGAAUAAAACUGCUUUUUAGAUCGGUCACUGUUAAUACGUUGUAAGGGCGUUUUUAUAUUCACAGUAAACAGUUAAGUUAGCAAAAGCUCGAGCUGUCUGGCUAUCUUGGCUAACCUUCACUGACGUUGGUCUCAUCUGGGUUAGAAACGUUAAAUGCUUUUGAACAGUCCUUGGCGGUCCUUGGCUUAUUGGCGCGGUUAUAGCUGUAAUUUCUAAACAUGAAGCCAUUAAAGCCGUUAUUUCUGAAGACGUACGGUAAGCAGAAGCGAAAAGUGUCCGCCUGGAUCUCACCUGACAACCGCAAGAAGGCCUUCGACAGCACACCCUCCACAGACAACGACACCUCCGUCUUUGAACCCGCAAAAACUACGAGGAUAAGAGAGAGUAAGACUAGCGUGGCUAGUCGUAGAGCGGCGCGUCCUGCCAAGAAAAAGGCCAUGCUCUUUCUGACUGAGAAGAGUUUUGAUGAGGAGAAUAUCCCCCCUCCUUCCUGUCCUCAGCCAGCUGGAACCAGCUCUGUGAACAGAUAUGCAGCCGUCAAUUUUGAAGAGAAGCAGACUAGUGUUGCUUGUCGUAGAGCGCCACGUCCUGCCAAGAAAAAGGCCGUGCUAAGUGUGACAGAGACCAGCAGUGAUGAAGAGAACAUCAGUAGCCCCUCUCUUCCCCGUCCUCAGCCCACUCUGCAGAGCAAGAGAACCAGGAAAAGCCGGCAUGCAUCUGUGCCAGGAGUCUUGAUGAGGCAGAAUUGCCAGCAGCUUCCAAAGACCAGCGGAAGUGAGGAAGACUCUAAUGUUCAUCUUCCUUCUGCAGGCCGCUUUGUAACCCGCCGCAGAUGUACUGUACCAACCAAACCCAAACUCCCUAAAGCAACAUACAAUCCACUCAACUCUUCAGAUGAUUUUGCUUCUGGAGCCCUUGGUUCCAGUAGGAAUUUUCGGCCUUCUAGGAAGAGGAGGGUCCCCCCAGCAUUUGUGGUUUCAAGUGCAGAGAACUCGAUGAACGCUGCAGGGACUGCCAGCUAUACCACCAACCCCUUCCGGGAGAUUUCCCUCAAUGAGUUGGCAGACCACAGCCUCGGACCCUGCCCCAGGAAACCCAUUUUUUGUUCUACACCCUCAGCAGACUCCUUCAGAAAACGGCCCCACCUUCAAGCCGUAUCUAUCAAUAAUCAGUCUUGCACCCCUCCGUCCAUGUCAGUUAGCUCUAUAGGUGUCUUAAGCACAUUCCAAGAAGACUUGGAUUCACCGGGUCAGCCCACCUCCCCACGACUUUCUGCACCACCCAUUGGGCUUUGUUCUGAGGAGAAGCCGCAGUCCAGCCUUGGUGAGCAAGAACCAUCUGGUGAUUUAUUUAUGGAGCCCAAGCGCACUAACAAGAGACGUCGCUGUAAUGAGGAAGCCGAAAGUCACAGUGAAGACAUAAAAAACAAGAAUGUCGGGGAAUUGCCAAGUCUAAAUCUACUCUGUACAAAUGAGAGUGAUAGCAGCAGUUGUUUUGUGUCAGCAGCAGGAGGGUUAGAGUGGCUGAUAGAGGCUCUGAAGGAGAAAUGUUUGACCGAGCGCUGCACAGUGCAGCUCGAAAGAUUGGACAACCUCACUGUGACUCAGCUAUGCAGUCAAACAACCUACUCCUCCUGUUUGGGAUCUUCAGGCUCAGUCUACAGCUGGCAAACAAAUGGACAUCCACGGUCUGUGGACAUUGGCCAGACAAUUGACAUUUCACAGUCUUCAGAACCAUCAUUUAAUCUUCAAUUAUCUGUUACUAACAAUAACACCAGGGAUUAUUUACAGUCUCCUGAACAUGCAGCUUCAGUGACUGACAGUCAAAGCACUAACAAUUCACCAUCAGUUGACUGUAAGCAGUCAGCUGAACACUCAUCCACAAUGGAAUCCAUGGAGCAGUCGGCGUCAGUCAUUUAUGUUGAGUCUAGCUUCCACACAGACAGCAGUUCUGAGUGCAUCAUGGGCACACAAUUUCCAGCCAACAGCCCUGUGCAAGCACUGUUUACUGAAGAGGAUGCUGUAGCAGUAAAGGACACAUGUCUUACUAAGAAAUGCACCGUUCGGCUCAAAUACUGUGCUUUGUCACAACUGACUGUUCGGCAGCUAAAAGGGGUCAUGCAGCACAAAGAGAUGGGUUUGACUUGUGAUGAGACAUCCGCUAAUCCAGAUGCAAACAAGUCUGAAAAUGGCCGUGCACAUAACAUUGACGACCCAGAAGAUCUCACACAUACUGGAGAAAUCACUGAGAGAAUGAUGGCGUCAAUAAACAGCAGUGCGAAAGCCCAGACACCAUCAGAAACAGAAGAAAAGGCAGCGGUGCUGAAGAAGAAAUGUCUAGCUGACAAACUCAUUGUUGAGAUGAAGAGAGUUACUUUAUCACAACUGAAAGAAAUUUUGCAGCGCAAAGACCCAAAACCUAAAUCACCCACAGUUGUGUCGGACUCAGUCCGUGAGGACCAGACACAAAAUAACCACCAAUCUGAGGGCGACACUAAUCACUGUAAUGAAGACACUUACGCCAUGAAAAUCAGGAUGAAAAAAAGAGGCUCAACUAGUUCUGAAGUAAAGAUCACUUCAGACAAAGAAGAAGUUGUAAAGGACUCUUGCAACAUUCCCCAAAAAAGAAAAAGAAAGCCCUCCCUAGCUCUUAAAGAAAAGAAGAGGAGGAGCACGUCCGCGGACCGACCUGGGACGACAAGGAAGGCGUGUGUGAGCGGUCUGAGUGUGAAUCGCUGGAAAAACAAAGGCAACGCCAGCAUGCACGUGUUCAGAGCCAGGACUGCACAGACAGGCGGCAACAAGGCCGUGGACUGCAGCAUCGAUGAGCUGAUCUCCACACAACACCAAAAGCCAAGGGAGCUGAUGGGAACUGCAAUGAAUUUCUCCACCCCGGUGAAAGCGAGUCUGCUCAACCUGUCAUCUCUGUUGGCUGACUUCACACCUACCACACAAACCUGGAGCCGACUCAAAGCUGCCCUCUCUGUUCACCGCAAGGGAAUGGUGCUGUUCACUCCGAGGAGUUCAUGUGCAGGCUCUCCGAGAAGAGCGGCGCUAGCUGAUGUCAGCCAGGAUCUCUUUGCCACACCCUUUCGGACCCCGCUCCCCAAACGCCUCCGGUCACAGCUGCUGAGUUUCAGUUCUCCGUGUGAGGAUGCAGAUCUGUCGGAUGCAGAGAAGGUGUAUGCCGAGUGUGGCCAGCAGCGUCCUCUGCCGUGGGAGGAGUGUAUACUUCCUCAGCGAAUGAAACAGUGUGUGAAGAUCGGGGAGGGGACCUUCGGUGAGGUCUUCUCCACCACCAAUGCCUCAGGAGACACUGUUGCACUCAAGAUCAUUCCACUAGAGGGCAGUGAGAAGGUGAAUGGAGAGGACCAGAAGACCUUUGGAGAGAUCCUCCAUGAGAUUAUUAUUUCAAAGGAGCUGAGCAGCCUGAAAGAGAAGCAGCAGAACCAGACUCAUGGAUUUAUUGGUCUCAAUGACCUCCACUGCGUUCAAGGCUGCUACCCUCCAGAUUUCAUGAAAGCCUGGGACACCUUCGACCAGCAGAAAGGCUCUGAGAAUGACAGACCAGAUUUCUUUAAAAAGGAUCAGUUGUUCAUAAUCCUGGAGUUUGAGUUUGGAGGCAUUGACUUAGAGAACAGCAAUGGAACGCUGGCGUCUUUAGGGGUGGCGAAGAGCAUCCUUCAUCAGGUUACUGCUGCCAUGGCUGUUGCUGAGCAGCAGCUACAUUUUGAACACAGGGACCUCCACUGGGGCAAUGUGCUGGUCAAAACAACCAAGCAAAAGACGGGGAGCUUCCUCCUGAACGGAGCAGUCCACUCUCUGGAAACUAAAGGGGUGCUGGUCCGCAUCAUUGACUACUCUCUCUCCAGACUAGAAAUCGAUGAUCUGACAGUGUCCUGCGAUAUCUCGAAGGAUGAGGAGCUUUUCAUGGGCCAGGGGGAUUACCAGUUUGAUAUCUACAGAAUGAUGAGACAGGAAAAUGGAAACAACUGGAGUAGCUACCACCCCCAUACCAACGUGCUGUGGCUCCACUACCUGUGCUCCAAGCUGCUGUCCAUGAAGUACCGGGGCUCAGGAGGGAGGGGCGCCAAGUACAUGCGAGAGGAGCUGACUCGUUUCCAUGACAACGUCCUACAGUACAGCUCUGCCACUGAGGCGCUGCAAAACUGCCCCAUGUUUCAGUAGCAUGUGAGCACUGAACACACUCAGACUGUUUUAGUAUGAAGGUCUUCUUUAGUCAUCAGUCUGCCCGACAUCCUUUCUUGACCUCUGACAAUUUAAGACAGUUAUUGAUCUCUUGGUCACUUAAUGUACAGUGUUUUCAGAUGUCGUUUGAAAAGAUUAUUAAAAAGACUAUUUUAAAAUAGUG